AUGCAGAGUAAACAGUGGAAUGUCAGGGGUGAUUCCCUGGAAUACAGCGAAAAACCGGUUCCAGCACUGGGCGACAAUGAAGUCCUUGUCAAGCUCCAAGGAGCUUCCCUCAACUUUCGCGACAUCCUCAUCACGCAAGGAAAAUACCCCUUCCCUCUUCAACCAGGGGUUAUUCCCGGCUCUGACGGCGCAGGAACUGUCCUGGCGAUCGGGAAACGAGUGACGCGCUUCUCGCCCGGCGACCAUGUCGUGACCAUCAUCAACCAGCACUUCCUCGCAGGCCACCAGGACGAGAGAACGCUUCAAUCAGGCCUCGGCGCCUCGCUGGACGGGACGUUUCGUACGGUCGGCGCCUUUGACGAACAGGGCCUGGUUGCGAUGCCGGCUUGUCUGAGCUUCGUCGAGGCUUCAACGCUGAGCUGUGCGGGCUUGACGGCCUGGAAUGCCCUAUUCGGCCUCCCCGGGCGGAAGGUCCAGGCGGGAGACUGGCUGCUCACGCUGGGCACGGGCGGCGUGAGUCUCUUCGCGGUGCAGUUGGCGAAAACGGUCGGGGCGAGGGUGAUCUCCACGACGAGCUCGGAAGAGAAGGCGAAUAUCUUGAGGAAACUCGGGGCGGACCAUGUCAUCAACUAUCGCGAGUCGCCCGACUGGGGGCUUGUUGCGAAACAGCUCACGGGCGGCGUGGGCGUCGACAUGGUGGUUGAAGUCGGGGGGGCGACUACCCUCGCACAGAGCAUGGCCAGUCUGCGUAUGGACGGGAUGAUGAGCGUUGUUGGCUUCGUGGGGGGGGAUGACACUCCUACUGCUAUGCCGACUCUGCUGGACUGCUGGAUGAAUCUGUUCACAGCACGCGGCGUCUCAGUCGGCAACCGGCUGCAGAUGGAGGAAAUGUGUCGGGCUAUCGAGGCAAAUCCUGAUAAACUGCGGCCGGUGGUGGAUGAGAGAGUGUUCAGGUUGGAGCAGCUGAAGGAGGCAUAUGAAUAUCUGGCAGGAGGUCAUCAUAAGGGCAAGGUGUGCAUUGAUAUAAGUAUUUAAUUAUUCUUCUAUUUCU